AUGCGAGAGCGCCGGUUCGUCUCUUGUGCUCUCAGUGGCCAACGCAUAAGCGUGCAGAGCGAACGCGGCAUCGCAAUGUUCUUCGAGAGUUUCCUUCUGAACCUGGCUGUAUUGGCAGCCCUCAUAGUCGCUCUAAUAUUCGACUAUGUGACCAAAUUCUUCAGCUACUGGUAUGUCAGACACGUGCCCUAUAAGACGCCUGUGCCCUUCUUCGGUUCCGAUUAUCACCGAGUACUGCUCCUGAGAUCAACAUCGGAAGAAGUAAAGAUUCUUUACAGUCGGUAUCCUGACAGUUUUGUGGGCACUAUCAAAAGUCGAAUACCCGACUUGCUAGUAAAACAACCGGACGCGAUAAAGAAAAUAUUGUCGACGGAUUUCGCGAAUUUCCACAGCAGAGGUCUCGCUCUCGACAAAUCCAAGGAUGUUUGCUUGAGGAACAAUCCGUUCUACGCGGAGGGUGAAAAGUGGACCUUACUACGCGAGGCUUUGGAUUUAAUUUUGAAUGGAGCGGUGAGCGAAAUCAAUGUUAGUUUACACGAACAUUUGACGGGAACCAACGGUGUUGUGAACGCACAGCAGUUAUUGACGGAGAUAUUGGACGCAGUGUUCAAGAACUGUUUAUUUGCCGGGAACGAGGACGGUUCACUAUUAAGCGAGUUGAGGAAAUCUCUUCAGCGACGCACUUACAUUGAGAAAUUUAAGAGUUAUCUGAAGGAAUUAUUUCCCUCUGUGUUUGUUUCGCUCGGGCUAGUAACUGCUCCAGAGGCUCUGAGGCUUUACCCACCGUAUUCUGUUAUUAACAGAAAGUGCGUCAAAGCUUACAAUAUGUCGGACAGUGGUAUGGCGUUAGACAAGAAGGUGACAGUAACGGUACCGGUAGAUGCUAUUCAUAAAGAUCCCGUACAUUAUCGAAACCCCUAUACUUUUGACCCAGACCGGUUCUUGGAAAGAGAAAAUAACGCGAUGCAUGCAUUCACUUAUUUGCCCUUUGGCGCUGGACCAAGAAAAUGUAACGGUGAACAACUUGCCCUGAAAAUUAUAAGGACAGUAACGGAGGCAGUGAUCAAAGAGUACAAAAUUGAAGUGACGGAUGAAACGCCAACGGAAUUAAAACUCGCCGAUCACGACUUCAAGAGAACAAUAAUAAGCAACGUUUGGUUGAAAUUCACGCGGUCAGAG